UCCAAAUUCCGUAUUUAAGUCAAAUGCGCGUGAUUUGAAGCUCCAGAGUUGCGUCUGAUACUCAACAGCGUCACCAAUCUCUCACAGUAUAUCUCCAGGCAAAGCCAGUACAAUGCUGCUCGGUCGUUUCCCAACACUCUUCACUCUCUCUGUUGAGUCGUAGACUCCAAAUCCUUUGAAUCUUUUUCUUUCCUUUUUCACUCUGUCACUGCACAAACUUUCGAAUCUUCAGAACAGAGAUAGGAAAGGGGAAAAGAGAGGGAAAAACCGGUCUGAGCCGCCAUGAAAGUACCAGAAAGCGAUGACCCAUUUUCUCUUUCGAAUAAUCUUUUGGUUUCGCUUUCGGAGCAAAUCCAAAAUAUCAGCCAUUUCAAAGGGAAAUGGGCUUUGAUCAAAUCCAAGCUUUCUGGUCUCCAGACCCAACUCGCCGACUUCUUCGAUUUUCCCGCUUCUUCCUCUAACCCUCUCGCCGUCGACCUCCUUCAUUCCAUCUCCCAAACCUUGAAUGAUGCCGUGUCGCUUUCCCAGAAAUGUCAACGCGCCGAUUUGACCGAGGGAAAACUCAAGACCCAGAGCGAUAUCGACGCCGUUUUGGCUAAAUUAGAUCGGUAUAUCAAAGAUAGCGAGAUUUUGAUUCAAAGUGGAGUACUCCAAGACGGCGCUGUCUCAACUUCUUCAUCGAAGAAAGAAGCAGUACGAGUCGAGUCGAGGAACUUGAUAACUCGUUUGCAAAUUGGAACCACCGAGUCGAAGAACUCAGCGAUGGACUCCCUUUUAGGCUUACUCCAAGAGGACGACAAAAACGUGAUGAUAGCCGUGGCGCAGGGGGUGGUUCCAGUGCUCGUGCGCUUACUGGAUUCGAGCUCUUUAGAAUUGAAAGAAAAGACGGUUGCCGCCAUUUCGAGGGUAUCAACGGUGGAAUCAAGCAAACACGUGUUGAUCGCUGAAGGGUUGUUGCUUUUGAACCAUUUGCUUCGAGUUCUUGAAUCAGGAAGCGGUUUCGGAAAAGAAAAAGCUUGCAUGGCUUUACAAGCUUUAAGUUGUUCAAAAGAAAACGCCAGAGCAAUUGGUUCCAGAGGUGGGGUUUCGUCUCUUCUAGAGAUUUGCCAAGCUGGAACGCCUGGUUCCCAAGCUUUUGCAGCCGGUGUUUUGAAAAAUUUAGCUUCUUUUUAUGAAAUUAAAGAGAAUUUCAUUGAAGAAAACGCUGUUUUUGUUUUAAUCGGGCUUGCUUCUUCUGGGACUGCCUUAGCACAAGAAAAUUCGAUUUCUUGUUUAUGUAAUUUGGUUUUUGAUGAUGAAAAUUUGAAGCUUUUGACAGUUAAGGAAGGUGGGAUUGAAUGUUUGAAGAAUUUCUGGGAUUCAUCUCCCAAUCCGAAAAGUCUUGAAGUUGCUGUUGAGUUAGUUAGGCAUUUAGCUUCUUGUCCCCCUAUUGCAGAAGCUCUGGUUGCUGAUGAUUUCGUUGCCCGGCUCGUGGCUGUUUUGAACUGUGGGGUUUUAGGAGUAAGAAUUGCUGCUGCUAGAGCUGUUUACGUGCUUGGUUUUAACUCGAAAACAAGGAAAGAAAUGGGUCAAUCUGGAUGUAUUGUGGCAUUGAUUAAAAUGUUGGAUGGGAAGGCUGUUGAAGAAAAAGAAGCAGCUGCAAUGGCAUUGUCGACGCUUAUGUUGUACGCAGGUAACAGAAAGGUUUUUGGAAAGGAUGAGAGAGGGAUAGUAAAUGCUGUGCAGUUAUUGGAUCCUUCAAUACUGAAUCUGGAUAAAAAAUACCCUGUUUUGAUCUUGUCAGAGCUUGUACAUUCUAAGAAAUGUAGGAAGCAAAUGGUUGCUGCUGGUGCUUGUGUGUACUUGCAGAAACUUGUUGAGAUGAAUGGUGAAGGGGCUAAGAAGCUGUUGGAGAGUCUUGGUCGUGGUAAGAUCUGGGGUGUUUUUGCCAGACCGUAGCAAUGGAAGAUAUCUUCAAAAUGGGGUCAUUGAACUGUGCAUUUGUUCUAUGUUAAUCUUCUGCUGGCUGUUACCUUAACAGGGAAGGUCCUACCUAAACUUGUUUACAAAUUGACUUAGCCUUAGCUCAUGUAUUGAUGUAUUCUUAUUGGAGAAAAAGAAAAGGGCUCGGGAGAGGUUGUGGAACCUGCUUGGUUGGAACCUUCCUGCCUAUGGCAAAGGGGCGGAAAUAAGACAGCUGUGUCAGGUGAACCUUAGAAUUUGAUGAUCCAUUUCUACAAUAGUUUGUCUCUUUACAUAGAGGAUUAUACCAUUUUCUAUAUUGAAAUCUUGUUGGAAAAGAAACACUAAAUAAUAUAUCAAUCCCGACUUUAAGGAAAGAAAGAAUAAAUAAGUAGAAUCAUCAAAACAGUGGGGGAAGAAAAUGCCCAAGCAUGCUUAGUUGUUCAAACUUAGAGAUGAAGGAUGGAGCAAUUCCCAUUUGGGUUUGUCGAUUUGGUACUUUUA